GAUGGGGGGGCGGGGGAGCCAGAGACCGAACGCCUGAGGAAGGAGCAAGAACUGCAGGGAUCACUGCACAGUGAUGUGGUGGUGUGAAACGAGUUGUUAUGGAACUAGAGGCGCAAAACAAAAGCCUGAGCCCUGUAGUCCAAGGAGACGCCGCUCGCAGGAGGUGGGAAGAGACAAUGCGAACUACAAGUCCCAGCAGCCCCCGGCACCGGCGACCGCACGGCGGACCGCGCAACGGCUGCUGGGAGGCGGCUGCAGCGGCCAAGAUGUCGCAGACCAAGAGAAGAAAGCUCGAGUCGGGGGGCGGCGGCGCAGGCGGGGAGGGAUCCGAGGAGGAAGAUGGCGGGGAGCAGGAGGCGGCCCCGCAGCGACCCCGCAGGACUAAGCGCGAGCGAGACCAGCUGUACUACGAGUGCUACUCGGACGUGUCGGUCCACGAGGAGAUGAUCGCUGACCGCGUCCGCACCGACGCCUACCGCCUGGGCAUCCUGCGGAACUGGGCAGCGCUACGAGGCAAGACGGUGCUGGACGUGGGUGCGGGCACCGGCAUUCUGAGCAUCUUCUGCGCCCAAGCCGGCGCCCGGCGUGUGUACGCCGUGGAGGCCAGCGCCAUCUGGCAACAGGCCCGGGAGGUGGUGCGACUCAACGGGCUGGAGGACCGCGUGCAUGUCCUGCCGGGCCCCGUGGAGACGGUGGAGCUGCCGGAGCAGGUGGACGCCAUCGUGAGCGAGUGGAUGGGCUACGGACUUCUGCAUGAGUCCAUGCUGAGCUCGGUGCUGCACGCGCGGACCAAGUGGCUGAAGGAGGGCGGCCUCCUCCUUCCGGCUUCCGCCGAGCUUUUCGUCGCCCCGAUCAGCGACCAGAUGCUUGAAUGGCGACUGGGUUUCUGGAGCCAAGUGAAGCAGCACUAUGGCGUGGACAUGAGCUGCCUGGAGGGCUUCGCCACGCGCUGCCUCAUGGGCCACUCGGAGAUCGUGGUGCAGGGUUUGUCCGGCGAGGACGUGCUGGCCCGACCUCAGCGCUUUGCUCAGCUUGAGCUGGCCCGAGCCGGCCUAGAGCGGGAGCUGGAGGCGGGGGUGGGCGGGUGCUUCCGCUGCAGCUGCUAUGGCUCUGCGCCUCUGCACGGUUUUGCCAUCUGGUUCCAGGUGACCUUCCCCGGAGGGGACUCGGAGAAACCCCUGGUGCUGUCUACCUCGCCUUUUCACCCGGCCACGCACUGGAAGCAGGCGCUGCUCUAUCUGAACGAGCCGGUGCCGGUGGAACAAGACACGGACGUUUCCGGAGAGAUCACUCUGCUGCCCUCCCGGGACAACCCCCGGCGGCUGCGCGUACUGCUGCGCUACAAAGUGGGGGACCAGGAGGAAAAGACCAAAGACUUUGCCAUGGAGGACUGAGCGUUGCUUUUUCGCGCAUCCACCUCCCAAAGCAGCCUGGCCUGCGUGGGAGAGGCUAGGGAGGUCAGAAGAGAAAGGGAGAUCCCGUGUGCAAGUAGGGGGCCAUAGCUCUGUCUCUUUCGCCUCGUGGCUCCCGGGGUGGAGAGUGAGAGGAGGUGCUUCUAGCAUUGCUUAUUUAAAACGUGAUCCUCUGCAACCAAGGACAGAUGCAGCGUGCUUAUUAAUGGGCUUUUAAGCCUGGAAAGCAUAUAGUAUCAAGCACUUGUAUUUCCAUUUAUUUUUUUUUCACUGUGGGAGAGGGGAUGAAAAUAUGCUGUGAAUAAGGAGCAGUAUAUGCCACUGGGUACCCAAGGAUCCAAAGGACCACCACAGUCUUUAGGAUGAAGUCACUUCGGAAGGAUGAAAAGUGUGGGAGAUGUAUCAGCACCCAAGUACUAUCCAAUAUGUUUAUGUGGACUGGGAUUAGGAGCCAUUAGGGCCACAGGCAGGGAUUACCAGACCCAAAAUAGAGAACAUAAUAAAGUUCUACCUGUGUCCCCCAUAGUUUACAUUUAUUUAGCCCUGUAAGAUUUUCCAAAUUUUUUCUUUUGAUUCAUUGGACCAGUAAAUAUUUUACUGAAAUUAUGUUCUAACAAUCAUCGUGAUGGGUAUUUGGAAUACAAAUCAAAAAAAUGUAAACUGUCCUCUAAAACUGUUUGUGUGUGUGUGUGUGUGUAUUUGGUCUUUUUGAGACGGGGUCUCCCUGUAGCCACAGCUAGCCUGGAACUCAUUAGACUAAUCUCACCUCCCAUCUCACAGAGAUUCAUCCACCUCUGCCUCCAGAGUGCUGGGAUUAAAGUCAUGUGUACACGUGGCUUACAUAUAUAAUCCUUACUUGUUUGUUUUUUAUUUCUUUGUGAGACAAGGUCUCAUGAAAUGUACUAUGGCCUGGGACUCAGUGUGUAGCUAAGGAUGACCUUGAACUCCUGAUUCUCCUGCCUCCACCUCCCAAGUGCCAGGAUUACAGCUCUUAAGCUGCCAUGCAUAGCACAUAUCUAAUUACUUAACAGUUAAAUCUUAAACACAACACUUUCACUUCCUAAACCCAAAGAAAUUGACUUUUUCCUGCCUACUUCAAUUAAAAACAGAAAAGCAUAUACCACUGGGAUGGUAACAGUUUUAUUAUUUGAUGAAAAAUUAAGGAAAAGUCUUUAGUCCUAGAAAGUCUCAUUCAUGGGAGAUCCUCUUAAACCCAGAAAAAAAAUCACCUUCGGUACAGAGGAUUUUGAGUUUGACAUAGUAAGCAAUCAUUGGAACAGCUCUAAAUUCAUUAUUCUAACAGUUAAUAAGAUGUGGCACUCUCUGAGUUCCCCAGAAAACUGAAUCCAUGGCACAGCAAAGGCCACUUAACUCCUUGUCGUUCUGGCCAUAGCUACUUGAUUCUGGAGAACAGAAAGGCAGCUGCUGAAUCUGAAACAUACUGACAAUGCAAGUUCAAGGAGGUAUAGGUAAAAGGCACCUGCAGGAACAACUGCCUAACAUUUUGUGUACCGCUAGCCCUGUUGUUAAUCUACAUUCUACACAACCCAGUGCUAAGGAAUUUUGGGACGCAUUGAGUAACAGAGGUCCCCCUCCCAUGUGUGAAUCUUUGUACAUGUUUAUCCACUUAUUGAUUUCAUUAUUAACAACUACAUAAUACUUAAGCAGUGUGAUAAAUAAAUGCAUCUUUCCCCAAAGAACUAGGGACUAUAGGGAAAAUAAAAUUCCACCAGUAAUUUGUAUGCAUUUUUAUGCCUGAAAACAGUUCAUUUCCAACUUUUGAUUCUGCUGCUGCAAGAUUGAGAAGGCAACUAUCUUAAACUUAUCCCAACAGCAAAAAUAAUGUUUAUAUCAUCAGAUAGAUUAUGAAGUCCUGGAAAACUUCCCUGUCUGAUAAUCUAAAAUUAGUAUCUUCCAAAUGCUUUGCUUCAUAAUAGGCCAGCGAUUUAGUAUAUGAUUCUCCUUAGCUACUAAAAAUACAUCAGAUCUAUGCUUCACUUGUGGGAUUGUUUUUUGUUUUUCUUUUCAGCUUUACAUUUGAUCUCAUUUCUAUGCUCCAGUUUGUUUCUGAUUUAUCAGCUCUUGUAAUAAAUACAUGUUUUAUUGAAA